AUGGUUGCAAGAAACUGGAAGUAUAUGGGCAUCAAGCCCGUUUGGCAAACGCUGCUCGUGGUGACGGUUGCUGCUUUGUGCGUGGAGCAUAUCGUUGCCUAUCCUUACGCGGAUGAUUUCCCUUAUCAAGUGCACGGUCGCCCGGUAUCCGUAGCGUCUGCGUCCGGUGGUUCCGGUGUGAAGAAGCUAGUGAGCGGUAGCUCGAAGGGAGCGAGCGGUGAGGGUGGUAGUGAUGCGCGAGACCACCGGAAGGAGCAUGCGUUCGAUGAGGCGGGCAGUAUUGGAUCAGCAUCCGAUGCCGUACGCUACCAUCAACUCGACAAUCAACUAGACGGCCACCGGGUGCUGGACGCGAGCAAGGGCAGCACGGUCGAUAAGGUGAAGCAUCUGGCGGGCGAAAACUUCGAGGCGGACAAAUCGCACAACCGAAAGCACAUCAAGUCAGGCUUUAGCAACUCGUACCAUAAGGACGAGAGUGGUAGCAAGAGCUCGUACUACGAAGAUUCGGACGAUCACGGCGGUAAGCAGGUGUACGACAACCGGCACAACCAGCGGAAUGACUACGCGGACAAGCUGUACAGUCAGGAUCGGCGCAAUGACUAUUUGCGGGAUCAUUACGAUGAUCGAGCGUCGGGUAGUGAGCUGCUGGGUGGACAUAACUACCGGCGAGUGGGUGCGCUAGAUCGUGGUAACGCGUACGGACAUCGGGACGGCUACGCACAUAACGACCACAAUGAUCAACAUUACGGUACAUCCGCGUACGGAGGCUACGACUACUAUCAACCCGGUGCCAACUAUCACCAUUACGACGAUCUGUACCGUCGCCGUUCGUACUACAAUCCGAGACCAUCGUUUGCUACCGCACCGUUGCAACCGGCACCGAUCACGAUUUAUGAAGAUCCGCGCGACUACGCACCGUACCCGGCGGCUCCCUAUCCGGUGCGUGAGGUUCGUGAUGGUUCGAGUGUGCUGAGCAGAGAUGCAGCCGCCGACUACCACCAUCACCAUCAUCGUCCAGACCAGGACGAAUCGUUCGGGCAGCGGCGACGACUCAUCUACAGGCCCAGUCCGGCACCGUUACCAAUGCUGAACGGUUAUGGCCGUUACUGA